CGGAAUUGAUUUUAUUCAUUUGAUGACGUCCGGCCAGUUUUCGGACUUGAAGUUGACAUGUCAAGGCAAAGAGUUCAAAAUUCACAAGCUGGUCGCGUGUUCACAAUCGUCCGUCAUUGCCACGGCCCUCAAGGGUGACUUCAAGGAAGCCCAGUCCAGUGUCAUCAACAUCGAGCUCUUCGACGCAGAAACAGUGAGACGCAUGGUAGAGUAUCUCUACACGGGAGAUUAUGACCAGUUUAAAGAAGCCAGCAACGUUGCUGCCGCUACCAGUGCUGCAACGCCCAGUCCUCCCAACACUGUGCAGAGCCAAGGCAGCCCAGCCCCAGCAAACACGGCCCCAGCAAACACAGCCCCAGCAACGCCUGCUCUAGUUGCCAAAGGCACGCUGCAUCAUGUACAAGUAAACGCAAUUGCGGAUUACUACGGCAUUCAGGGCCUUGGCCUGCUGGCUAAUCAAAAGAUUCAACAAGCCUAUGCGGUCAAGUGGGAUCCAAAGUCCUUUAUUGCCUCGGCGAAGGCCGCCAUCAGCGUCAGUGGCGACAAGUCGCUGCACGGCGUGAUGGCUCUCCUCACUGCCCAAAACUUGAAAGAGUUGCUCAAGUCUGGCGAGUUGGCUAGUUUGGUAGGUGAAUUUGCUGCUUCGGUUCUGCAUUUUCACGCCCAUUUGCUCGACGCGGCACGACAAGAGCAGGGCCAAGCCGGGGUGCAGCAGCAAAGCGAUCUUCAAGCCAGAUGCCAGUCCGAAGAAGCAAGAGCUACCCGCAUCAUUGAGAAUAUUGGCAGGCUUGUCAGCGUAUUGUGCGAGCGGGAGUAUUGUCGAAAUGGUGCUUGCCAAAGGGAAUUUGGAAGCUAUAUCGAGGUAAUUGGGGACCCUGCUGAGCCGACAUAUGUCCUUCGAUGCUCUACAUGUCUAUGUCGGCAUUCGUAGGUGCCCUUCCAAUAGGACUUGCAUGAAUGGGGGGUGGAGACAUAUGUUGGACCAGGAUAUGGAGACAUUUGUGAAUGCGAUAGUGCAUACGUCUUUGAUGACAUGCUUACCCGCCGGCGCUAGAGUCGAAUCACAUUUAAUACUGUUAGGCAGCUGGCG